CCUACAAUGAAAGAAAUACCAAAUUAUGAUAAAAUUAUAAAAAUUCAAACGAAGUUUGACAAUCUUUUAACUGAAUUUAAUCAAGAAAAGGAAAAGAAUGAGAAAGAGAAGAAGUUAGUUGAGGAUGAACAUAAGAAGGAAAUGAAAAUUUUAGAGAAGAAAAUGAAUGAGGAAAUUCAAAAACUCAAAUCUGAACAUGAAAAUGAAAUUAAAACUUUAAAAGAAUAUUUUCAACAAUUAAUUGAUGAGAAAAUUGAAGAAAUUAAAACAAUUGAAAAGCAAAAGAUUGUGGAGUCGACGUCUGAAAUUAAAAAAUUGGGCAAUAUUGGGGUGAUUAAGAAUAAAUGGAGUAGUAUUGAAAAUAAAUGUUGUAGCAAUGGAUGUAUUAACAAACAAAAACCUGUUGGGACUUGUAUUAAAGGAAAUGGAUUUGCUAAUUUAAUUGAUGAAAAAAAUAUCAAAUAUAUUGUCGGAGAAGGAGAAAAUAAAUCUGCUGUUGUUGCCGCUGAAAAUAAAUUCAAAAAUCCAAAGGAGGAAAUUAAUUAUUCUUUGUUUUAUUUCGAAAUUAAAUGUAAAAUUGAAGGAGAGAAAAAUAACAACGUUGUCGUUAUUGGUGUUAACAACGGUAAAUAUGGAAUUUCAUUGUAUAUUGAUGGUGCUGUUAUAGCAUGCGGACAAAGCAAGAAUUUUAAACUUCCAGAAUCAUUUUCUUGGAAUGAUGGAGAUAUUUUUGGUUGUGGAGUAGUAUAUCCACCAACUAAUGUUAAUAAAUUACCUUAUGUUUUCUUUACUCAAAAUGGAAAACAAAUUGGUAAAGGAUUGUUAGUGAAAGAUAACAAGCAGGAUAAUUAUGAGCCAUUUGUCAUUUUGAAACGUUACCAUUUGGAAGCUAAUUUUGGGAAUGACUUGAAGAAUAAACCGUUUAUUUAUGAUAUUUCAAAGCAUUCUGUUAUUGAUGAAUUUUAUGAUGACGAUUCUAACUCUGGGGAUGAUUCGGACUCGGAUGAUUCCGAUAGUGAUACCAUGCGGCAGAUGAUGCAAAUGAUGGUUGCGGGAGCUAUGGCUAAAAUGUUUCUUAGCUAA